CUUGAACGAAGCGAUGUGCCUACUCGCCAAGGUGUUUCCUCGCCCGCAAAAUCUCAUGAACCCACGUACGGACAGUCUCUGCUCUCAUGUUUCAGCCUUCUCUUCAUGCAGAGCAAAGGCCAGAGCAAGAUGAUUAGUGUACUCAGUCGAUGCCGGGUCAGAUUUAUGGAUCAGGUUUUUGGGAUGAGUUCCGCCGUGGUUUCGUAUGCGCAGUGCGCUUUCCUGCCGCUGCUGACUGCUGCAGUGUAAACAAGACUGUCCGAGGCUGCAGCGCUGCUGUCUGUGGGCGAAAAGAUAACGACACAGCAACAGACGUCUCAUUUAAAACGAGCACAGUUCAUGUGAACCCUCCUCAGAUGGACUUUGCUGCCGAGGAAGUAGCCUACCAACUCCACCGAUCUCAGGAAAAUGACUGACAACCAGGAAACCCCAGAUGCCGAGGACAAGACUCCGUCCGGGAGCACGACCUUGCCGCUCCGGCCGCCGUGUGAGCGCCUCUCUUGCAACAAGAGCAGCGUGUGCUCCCGCUCCUACUUCGUGGUAGUGAUGGUGUUUUUUCACGUGUACAUCAUUAAUGUUAUUGCACUGCUGUUUUACGUGCACUACAUCAGCGGGCAGGAGGAUGCCAACCGGAGUCGUGAUGCUCCCAGCAGUAACCACCAGCCCCCCGAGUCGGGACGUCCGCCACCAAAGCCUGAGCCUCUGCGCGAUGUGUCCCUUACAAGAAUCGAGGGAAUAAGAGUGGGACAUGUCCAGCAGGUGUCACUGGUGCCAGGCAAAGUGCAUGAAAUGCGGACUCGGAGUCUGAAACCUUUGCUGUUUGAGAUCCCUGGCUUUCUGUCAGAGGAUGAGUGUCGUGUUGUGAUGCAGCUUGCACAGCUAAAAGGUCUGAUGGAAAGCCAGUUAAUGGUACAAGAUGGCCAGGAGGAACUGGCCAAGGAGCUCAACCUCAGCCCAGAGGAGAUCUUCAACCUUCUUGAUAUCAACCAGGAUGGACAGUUGCAGCUCCAUGAGAUACUGACUCAUUCUCGAGUGAGGGACGGCAUCUGGCUCACACCGGAGAAUCUGAGAGAAAUCUAUGCUGGGCUCAAAGCUGACAAGGAUGGUAACGGUUUGCUGAGUCUAGAGGAGUUUAGGCUUCUGAGCAAUGAUGCCUUCCAGCGCUUCCUGAUGCAGCAAGGCGUGAAAAGGAGUCAGCUGGUGAGGAACAGCAGACACACCUGGCUGUACCAGGGUAAAGGAGCACACCAAGUCCUCCAAGACAUCAAGACGAGGGUGACUCGCCUCACUCGGCUCCCGUCCACAUUAGUGGACCUCAGUGAGCCACUCCAGGUGGUUCGCUAUGAGGAGGGAGGACACUACCACGCCCACCAUGACAGCGGCCCUGUGUAUCCUGAAACAGCCUGCACACACACUCGCCUCGCGGCAAACACCUCCACCCCUUUUGAGACGUCUUGCAGGUACAUCACAGUUCUCUUCUACCUGAACUCUGUUGAGGGGGGCGGGGAGACCGCAUUCCCUGUGGCAGACAACAGGACCUAUGAUGAAGUGUCUCUAAUACAGAAUGAUGUCGAUCUUUUGGACACCAGAAGGAAUUGUGAUAAGAGUAACCUGAGGGUGAAGCCCACCAAAGGGACAGCUGUUUUCUGGUACAACUAUCUUUCUGAUGGAAGAGGUUGGGUGGGAGAGCAGGAUGAAUACGCUCUGCAUGGAGGCUGCGUGGUCACUCAUGGCACUAAGUGGGUUGCCAAUAAAUGGAUCAACAUUGAUCCGGAUUACCAGCGGCAGGCUCGCUACCAGCAGCUGGUUUCACAGCAGCCAGAGGACGAGGAUGAUGAAGGUCUAACUCUGAACCCGGACAUGCAGAGUUCUGAUGUCCAUCAAGACUUGUAGCUCAAAAACCAAAUUUCAAAAACAAACAAAAAACCUAGCCUACCUAGCGUUCCUCAGUCCUGUGCACAACUUCUUUGGCAAUGUCCUCUGUGGCCAGUAUGUAGAGACAAGAUUUAUUCAGGGAAUGAGGUCACAGUGGGUUUAUGCAACUGUAAAGAUAUACUUUUGUUAAAUAUUGCUUGGAUAUUCUUAUCCUGUUAUUUUUUAAUCUGCUUUAAUUUCCCAUUUUAGGAAUGUUGCACUAUAAACUCAUUAAAGGAGUUGAGACAAAAACUUUCCCUUUGCAUGCUUUAGCUUCACAGCUUUAGCUUCACAGGUUUUGCUGUUGUUAUGAGCAAAAUUGCACUUGAAAAUAGAAAUGGCUAUAGUAAACAUUUCAGUGUCCUACCUUGAUAUUGCUGCCAUUACCAAAAAAAGCUCACACACGCAGUGUGAUGCAUGUUGCCUUGUCUUUGUUCUAUGAAUUCAUAAUUAUUUUCUGCCAGAAUUGUUCUUGACAGGUAUUGUUUGGAUGUUUAAUUUUAACAAUUUAUUUUUCCUUAAAAAUGCACUGUAUCACUCUCCCACAUUGAAUAAAGUUAAAUUAAGUUCA